AGACUUCUUCAGACCAAAAUCAGAAUCAUUUAAAUUCGACGGAGGAGAAGCUUUCCACUCGGUUUCUUACCUCUUCACCAGUCUCCACCAUCUCUCUCUCUCUCUCUCUGUGCGGAGAGAUCGCCAAGGUUCAGAAUAGCAUCAUCAUCAUCACCAUCACCGCUUCGUCUCCUUUGGUCCAGCUAAUCAGAUUUUUCACGAUCUAAUUUCUGCAUCCUUGAUAUAGUCAUCAUUCUGCCUUCACAUCUGGUAGAAGCAAGAAAUGAACUCCAAUUACGGUAAGGGAUCAUCUGGCUCACUCAACAACUUCCAGUUUGAUUUUGGGAUCGGAUCCACCCGACCCAAAUCCCUCAACGAUCAAAAGAACCAGCCUUCUUCGUAUUCCUCGUACUCACCGUCUUCCAAUUCGGCAACGCAAUCCAAACCAGCAUGGCAACCAAACAAGCCCUCCUGGACGCACCAACCGGCUCCUACUCACGCGACCGGAGCCGGUUUAUCCAGUGGAUCCACUCCAAUGGUUGGUGAUAUCUUCGGUAAGACCUGGACUUCUUCUGCACCCGCACCCUCUGGAUCAGCUUCUAGCAUAGGGAUUGUUAAUAAGAACCCUAAUUUAUUUGGGGAUCUGGUCACCUCUGCUCUUGGUCAGGGUAAAACUAAUAGUAAUGUUCCUCUGAAGAAUGCUAAACCUUCAUCGACACAAAUGGCGGCAAAUAAAAGCCCCUACUCGAUGGGGAAUUUGGCUGAUUCAUUGCCCAAAACCGGUAAUUCAGUUAAAAAUGGUGCUGGUUGGGGAUCUUCUGAAAAUUUUGGGGGCUCUUCUGGUGGGUAUCAGAGCAGUACUAAUAAUAUCAAUGGUAAUAAUAAUAACAAGAGUCCAAAUCUUGGGGGUCCUUCGAUGCGGAGUAUGACUGGAGGUGGAAGUGGAGGUGCCGUAAAUUCGAACAAGGAUCCAUUUGGUUCCUUGUUUGAUUUCGGAUCAAAACCAUCCGGAAGUCUGAAUUCGGGUGGCAAAAGUAACAAGGCCCGUGCUGGGGAUGAUGCCUUUGGGGAUUUCCAGAAUGCUCCAAAAUCAAGCACAUCUUCAUUCCCAUCAACUGGUUUUACGCCAUCAAACGCCAGUUCUGGUUUGAAAAUGGAUGAUUUUGGGAUGCCCACCAACGAUUUCACAGCUCCAAAUCAGCCCACUAGCCAAUCUUCGGGUGCUGGUGAUCCUUUCAACAUGUUCUUUUCAACAUCUUCAGGAUCUGGGAUUGCUACUACGACAUCUGGAGGAGGCGGGGAGCAACAAUUCUCGGAAGUUGAUGACUGGGGGAUUGGUUCAGAAUUUGGUGGAGGAGGUGAUGACUCAGGUGGAGCCACCACUGAGCUUGAAGGCCUUCCUCCUCCGCCUGCGGGAGUAACAGCUUCAGCUGCAAAGAACAAAGGUAUUGAUAACCAAAAGCAGGGCCAGUAUGCUGAUGCCAUUAAGUGGCUUUCCUGGGCAGUAAUUCUCAUGGAGAAAUCAGGUGAUAAGGCAGGCAGCAUGGAUGUUUUAUCAUGCCGGGCAUCAUGUUACAAAGAAGUUGGGGAGUAUAAGAAGGCUGUGGCUGAUUGUUCAAAGGUGCUAGAACAGGAUGAUGCAAAUGUAUCUGUCCUCGUACAACGAGCACUUCUUUAUGAAAGUAUGGAAAAAUACAAACUUGGGGCAGAAGACCUGAGAACUGUGCUGAAGAUCGAUCCUGGUAACAGGAUUGCAAGAAGUACCAUUCAUCGCUUGAAUAAAAUGGCAGCAGGCUAGAGAGGUUCAUUGACGUUUGUAUUACUCUUCUUUUAAGAUGAUAACUUUUUCCCUUUAAGUAUAAACAAAGAAAAAUGGGGGAAUAUGUUUUUUUUUUUUCUUUUGCAUGAUACAUGGAUUCAAUUGAUAGAUAUUGCUUUCUGGUAAACUUUACAUGUAUGAUUCAUUUGGGUUUUAUCAAUUUUGUUUAUUUGUGACUGGAAAA